AGUCACAUUGUUGUCUCUUCUGCUUCAGCUGGCUGGCGCGGAGCCGCCCGUGGGCCAGGCCCAAGGUGCGUGCACUGGCACCCAUUUCUCGAGCAGGCCACGUCGAAGAGCUGGGGAUGAAUCAUUUCAGGAACGUUUAGCCGCCUCCCGUGUGAAAUUCAGAGCACUUGGAAAGAAAACGAGGGCACUGCGUCUGAACCUGCAGGUUUGAUUUGGCCAACACCCACCCGGGCAGGUGGGAAGGAGCACCCCUGUCACGGCGGGUGCUUGCAGGCAGCUCUGUGCUAAAAGCCAAGCUGCUCCGUGGCACCAGGUGCACCAGCAGCACACCGACGUGUGGGCAGCAUGACGGCAGCUGAAGGCCCGCGGCAGAGGCUCUGCAGCCUGCGCCUGAAGAAGCUGACGGUGCUGAAGGAGCUGGACAAGGAGCUGAGCUCGGUGCUCAUCGCCGUGAAGAUCCAGGGUUCGAAGCGAGUCCUGAGGUCGAAUGAAUACGUCCUCCCACCUGGCGGCCUGAUGGAGACCGAGCUGGAGCUGACCUUCUCGCUGCAGUACCCACACUUUCUGAAGAGGGACGGCAACAAGCUGCAGAUCAUGCUGCAGCGCAGGAAGAGGUACAAGAACCGCACCAUCCUGGGCUACAAGACCCUCGCGGUGGGCAUCAUUAACAUGGCCGAGGUGAUGCAGCACCCGACGGACGGAGGGCAGCUCCUGAGCCUCCACAGCAACAUGAAGGACGUAAACAUCCGGGUGGCCGAAAUCAGCAUCUACUCCUUGUCCAGUCAGCCCAUCGACCACGAGGAUGGGAGCGUCCCCUCGGGUCCUAAAAUCAAGGCUUCAGAUCGCUCCCCAGACAUCGAUAACUACUCUGAAGAGGAGGAUGACAGCUUCUCCUCGGAGCAGGAGGCCAGUGAUGAUGCUGUUCAGGGCCAGGAUCUGUUUGACGAAGAGGACGACUUGAGGAAAACCAAGAAGGCCAGGAGGAAAAUGAUCCGAACCACCUCAAUGACCAGACAACCCAACUUCAAGCAGAAAUUCGUGGCUUUGCUGAAGAGGUUUAAAGUGACAGAGGAGGUCCUGGACUCUGACCCCGUUGACCAGACCCAGGAGGUGGAGGAAGACCUGGGCUUGCUCUAUGACAGCCUGGAGGAGUGCAACAACAGCGACAGCGGCCCAGAGAUCGAGGACAACGAGAGCGUGCACAGUACGCCCAAGCCGACCCUGAGGCGUUUCUUUGAGGGAGUCUCUCAUUCUGGUUCCCAGACUGAGAUCGGCAGUCUGCACAGCCAGAAAGGGCAGGAUCAAGAGUCGGGCAGCCCUGGCGAGGUGGAGAAGAGGAAGCCGGGAGCUCCACGAGUGCAGGAGGAGCCAGGAGCAGAGGUCCCCGCAGUGGAGCUGGCCGCAGAGGAGCCGAGCCCCCGGCUGGCCCCCACAGAGGCUGCCACGAGGGAGGGCAGCGUGGACAGGCUGGCCCAGCUGGGCCCCGGGACCAAAGCUGAGCUUCCCAGUGCCGUGUCGCCCAGCAAGGCGGACAGCAAGCAGCUGUGGCGUCCCCGCAGCACCUCCGUGAAGGACAGGCAGAGCUCCAAGGGCCAGGGCGGCCGCACCAGCAGCCUGGACAGCGAGAGCUCUCCCGACUCGUGGCACAGCACCCAGGUGCCCCGAAAAUCAGUUUACGAUCAGCUGAACCAGAUCCUGGUCUCCGACGAGCAUCUCCCAGAGAGCAUCGUGCUGGUGAAUGUCGCCGAGUGGCAGGGGCAGUACGUGAGCGAGCAGCUCCUGGCGCACAAGCAGCUGGUCGUGUCCACCUGCUCGGUGGCAGACAUCCAGGCGGCCUUCAACACCACCGUCUCCCGCAUCCAGCGAUACUGUAACUGCAACUCCCACAUGCCUCCCCCGGUGAAGGUGGUUGUGGCAGGGGACCAGAGCUACCUGAGCGUGGUCCUGCGCUUCUUCGUGGAGCAACUGGCCAGCAAGACCCCCGACUGGCUCAACUACCUGCGGUUCCUGCUGGUGCCACUGGGCUCCCACCCCCUCGCCAAGUACCUGGCCUCGGUGGAUAACAAGUACAGCACGCUCUUCCUGGACACGGCGUGGCGGGAGCUGUUCAGCAGGGCUGAGCCGCCCGCUGCAGACACCGUGGACAUCGCCGGCCGCGUCACCCAGUUCAUCGCCGGGGCCAGCCUCUCCCACCAGCUCCCCAUCUCCGAGGCCAUGCUGACCUACAAGCAGAAGAGCCCCGAUGAGGACUCCUGCCAGAAGUUUGUGCCCUUCGUGGGGGUGGUGAAGGUGGGCCUGGUGGAGCAGUCCUUCAGCGCCUCCGUGGAUUCGGAUGAUGCCACAGCCUGCGCUCCCUCGCUGCUGAGCUCAACGCCAACCGCCAGCGGAGCAGCCCCCUACGGCAAGGAGACCGUGAGCACCCCGCCGCCCUCCCCGUCGGUCAGCAGCGGGCUCUCAGGGGCCGGGUCUCUGAGCCCCGGCGUGGAGGUGAUGGGCCUGCAGGUGGACUACUGGACGACCCAGGGGCUGGAGAGGAAGAAGGAGGGCGAGAAGAGGGAGACGGGCAUCAAGAACACACUCAAGAGCAAUUUCCGCUCGCUCCAGGUCAGCCGCAUCCCCGGCGUCGGGGAGCUGGUGCCGCCCAGCACCAUGGCCAUGACCGUGGUCACCAAGGAGAAGAACAAGAAAGUGAUGUUCCUGAGCAAGAAACCCAAGGAGAAGGACCUGGAGCCCAAGAGCCAAGUCAUCGAGGGGAUCACACGCCUCAUCUGCACGGCCAAGCACCAGAACACCAUGUUGCGAGUGUCCAUAGAUGGGGUGGAGUGGAACGACGUGAAGUUUUUCCAGCUGGCAGCGCAGUGGCCAACGCAUGUCAAGUACCUCCCCGUGGGCAUCUUCGGCUACUCCAAGGGCGUGUGAGAGGCGCUGCGGAGGGGCACGGGAGCCCCCACUCCACGGCCCAACCCCCUCCAGCUCUGCAGAGGGCCCUCCACACCCGCACCGAGGCCGGCUCCACGCAUCCUCCGACACCAGCCAGGGCACCGCGCCAUCCGCCUCCCCUCACCCCCAACGGCAGCCUGGGACAAGGGGACCCUGGGGGGGUUCUCCGGGCCCCCCUUUUCCCCGCUGCGGCCGCCGGGGCCCCAGCUGGGCUGGGCCCGGGCAGCUCCCCAGCGCCGGAGCCACAGCAGGGGCUGCUCAGCAGGGCCCCCUGCCCUCCCUGGCCCUGCCUCAGCCACACUCCUCAUCCCCCCGCUGCCACGGCCGGCGAGGUGAAGCCGAAGACGUGCCCGGGCUGCCGGGGGGGUCACCCUCAUGUCCACAUCCUCCCCCCCUCCAACCAGCCCUGUCCCCAGGGUGCUGCCAGCUGGAGGCGCAGCCUGGGGGCAGCUGGGAUUUUUUUUUACAAGAUUCUAUUUUUUUUAAAUUUAUUGUACGGUUACUUUUCGGGAUUAAUUUUAAUAAAUUAAUGCUGGUACCAUUA